GUACAAUAAAUACAACCGCAACAUCACUACUAUAAGGAAGAGGGUGUUUGGUAUGAUCAACUUUAUAAAUGUGGUUUAUAAAGCUUUGGGAAUUCAUGUAGUAUUGAUUGGCUUAAAUAUUUGGUGCGACGGAGAUAAGAUUGUGGUCAGUGCAACAGAGGACAACUUGUUCUCCUUUUCAGUAUGGAGACAGAAAAAUCUGAAACACAAAAAGAAUGACAACACACAGCUACUCACGGGUGUUCAGUUCAAUGGAGGAAGUUUUGGAUACGCUCCCCUUAGAGGCAUGUGUGAUCCUUGGAUAUCUGUGGGAAUUGUUCAGGAUCAUUCCAAAGAUGUUAGUUUGGUUGCAUCUACAAUGGCCCAUGAGAUCGGUCAUAGUGUGGGCAUGGAGCAUGAUGCAAAUUCCUGCACUUGCAAGGGUGGCCCAUGCAUUAUGGCUGCUUCGGGAGGGUAAGUAUUCAGGAAAAAAAAAUA